UCAGGUGUGAAUAUGCGUGUUGGUAUUCAUACUGGGACAGUUUUGUGUGGAAUUGUUGGAACACGUCGUUUCAAAUUUGAUGUCUGGUCAAAUGAUGUUUCAUUGGCAAACCAAAUGGAAUCUACUGGGAAACCAGGUAGAGUUCAUGUUUCGGAAGUUACAUGUCAAUAUCUUGGCGAUUCUUACCUUUUGGAAGAAGGAGACAUGGUUAAGGAUCUGAAGACUUAUUUCAUAGAAGGCCGAAAGACUGACCUACUGAGACACCCUGAAUUAAAUUCUUCUCUGCCAGUUGUUGUAACAGCUCCCACUGAUUCACCACUGCUGCCUACGUCCCGAAAACGUGUGCAAUCUUGCAUCACUGGUGCUGGGCCUAAAGCACAUUCUCAUUAUUUGCAGCUUGUCACUGCUAGUGCGACUUCUCCUAACCAUGCAAAUCGUAUGAAGGCAUGCUCAUUACCUAGUAUUCUUGAUUCAGAUAAUGAUGAUGAUACUGGAGAGGCUGCAAUGGCAGAGACAGAGUGUCUUAGUAAAAGUCCUACAUCAUUAGUGAGUUGUGGAAAGUUUUCACCAAGAGGAAAAUGGCGUUAUCAGGGAAACAAGUUCAAAACAAAAACAGGUAAAAAA